GUUAUUCUGCUAAAAGAAUGCGUAAAUCGAGCAAAUAAUCGCUGCCUUUUACCGAAAUUCUUGCUAAUUUUCAAUGUGCUAAGCACUUUUGAUAGUGAAGAUUAUUAAUUUAAGCUACGGUCUAUCUGAUAUAGGACAAAGAUGGCGGAGAAACUAACUGAGAUUGAAUUGGCAGGUAUCCAGUUGGAGGAAUCGAAGCCUCGUACUUUGGCCAAGGACCCUUCAUACAAUAUACUGCAGGAAGAUGAUAUUGAUACAGCUGUUGGUGUACUGCACGUUGCUGUCCAGGGUGACCGAUCAAAGCCAGCCAUCCUCACAUACCAUGACUUAGGAUUGAAUCAUAUGACCUGUUUCCAAGGAUUCUUCAACUUUGCUGACAUGCAGCCUCUGCUGCGCCACUUCUGUGUUUACCAUGUGAAUGCCCCCGGCCAGCAAGAGGGAGCCAUACCUCUUACUCAUAGCGUGGAGGGUGAUAAAGGUCAAGGUGAGAAAAAAGACGAGAGAGAAGUGUUGUUAGCUGAGCAUUCCUCCACUGAGUCUCCCAAACGAAACAGUUUGCCGGCCACCUGGACAGAAAGCAUUUUGAGCAGGGCUGGCUACUCUUAUGGAAACACCAGUCCUCAACAACAGCAAAGCCCUGCCAAACCUGUAGUCAACGAAAAGAAGUCGCUGCCAAGGUUUUCAUUGCACAGCACACCCACGUCUCCUGUGGUUGACGGGACUGGCUACCCAACCAUGGAUCAACUUGGAGAAAUGAUCUUACCAGUUCUACAGUAUUAUGGAUUGAAAAGAGUAAUUGGAUUUGGUGUUGGUGCUGGGGCAAACAUUCUCUGUAGAUUUGCGCUCCAACACCCAGAGAAAUGUGAUGCAUUGUUUCUGGUGAAUUGUACUGCGACUGCUGCCGGUUGGACGGAAUGGGGGUACCAGAAGCUGAACUCCUGGUACCUCAAGAUGGGCGUGAUCACAGCUACGACGGAGGAAUAUCUCUUGUGGCAUUGGUUUGGGAAGGAAGCCAAAGAGCGCAACACAGAUCUUGUCCAUGUGUUCAAGGAUAACAUCAAGCAGAUUAACCCGCACAACAUGGCCAGUUUCAUCGAUGCAUAUGUUCAGCGAACAGACCUCGGAAUUAGCAGAGAGCUUGACCUAACUAAGAAGAAAGAUGCAAAAACACUAAAGUGCAAUGUGAUGUUAGUGGGUAGUGCUGGAUCUCCCCAUUUGGAUGAUGUUGUUGCAAUGAAUAGCAGACUUGAUCCUUCAAAUUCGAAUGUGUUGAACAUAUCCGACUGCAGUGGUAUGGUCUUGGAAGAACAACCAGCGAAAGUGGCGGAGGCAUUUAGGUUAUUCUUACAGGGCAUGGGUCAUGUUCCGUCACUUAGUCAAACAAAAAUUGUCGCAGAAAGGGAUGCCGCCAGGAGGAAUUCCACUCCGUUUGAUUCACCGGCUAGGAAGCCAGGAAUGGAAGCAACCGCGACCGUUUGCUAGACCUAGUGUGUACGGUAUCUGCAAUCCUGCCCAAAGUAUCAUCCUUUCUGUUGCUAUGAAUGAGAAGGGACCAUUCCAGGUGGACAGUCAUAAUGCAAAGCAGUUUCUGUAGUUUGUCUCCAGGGAGACUGAUGGAAAACAGGUUGAUUUGUUGGAAACUGUUGGGAAUUUGAGUCACAGCUGGAGAAAUUGAAAGAGUGAAAAUGAAAUCGAAUAUUUAGUCGUUCUACGAUUUUCUGUUGUUGAAAAUAGCUAGGGUCAGUCGUGAAGAUUUUACGGGGUGGACAUUAGAAAAUUUUCUUUCAGCUUUCGGUGAUUUCUGCUAACAUAACAUGCGUGCAAAAGUUUGGCAGUGUAUAGUAAUGCCAAGUUGUUGAAGUUACUGGUUUGAAGUUCCCAAUCCAGAACUUAACAACAUGUAUGUUCAUCAUAAUAUGUGACCAAUGCUUGUUUUUGUAGAUAUAAAUUGCAUGAUGUUAAAAGUUCAUUAUGUUGUAUAUAAAUUGUCAUAUAGUCAUUUUUCUAUUCAAAAACAAGUUCACUCGCUUGUCAGUAGCUUGUCAACUGUUCAUUACUUAAGUGAAGUGCAUGAGACCAUUUUAAACCCUUGAGAAGCAAAAGGUAAAUGACUUUGUAAAAAAAUAAUAUAGGUCUUAUUUGAAGAAAUUUUCGAUGAGCGGAAAGUGUCUUUUCUCCCAAAAUACCUAAACUAGGCCUACGUCAUUUGAUCCCUUUGCAGUUCCAUAAAAAUGACACGUGUCAUUGCCUUAUGAAGCGGCACCCGAGAAAACUUGCAGUUUUUGGCAGAGAUGCAAAGAUUGAUAUGGCAACCCAACUUGUAGAGUGUUUUCGUGUACACAUACCUAUGAAUAUUUUUACAUGCAUUGCGCUAUAUCAACUGUGGACAGACAAUGCUUGCAUGCAUCAUGACUGCCAUUGACUAUUGGAGUCGUCUGGUGUGAGAUAAACACACUAGACAUAGUGAGCCAUGGAUUAGCAUUUGUUAGCUUUUGAACGUCAUUUCUAUUAAUGUCAUUAUCAAAGUUGCAUGACUGAUUGGUUAGAAACAUUCCAUAUCUUAGAAUCUGGGCUUUAGAUAUAUCUGCUGUGGAGGUUUGUGCAGGUGGAAGGCUUGCCCUGUCUAUGUGGGGUUGAAAUAUAAGAACUAAUAUCCACAGCCGACUUUGUGUGAUGAUGGUGAAUAUAAUAUAUCUCUUAGUCUCCUUUUUGUGGAUGAACAUGAAUGUCUAUGCCAACUCUCUCUGUCUUUUUUUACAACAAGCACACCACCCUUGGUAACCAACCAUACGUCAUCCCCUCUUCCCCAAAAUACCCAAUCAGGACUUGGCUCUGACCAACAUAUAAUAUGGCGUGAUACGACCAGACGUACUCCUUUUUUAACCCCUGUGGCAAGUUGCCACAAACCAAAUUUAGUAAUACUCCCUUACUUAUUUAUAAACUGAAUGGUCAAAUAGGUCCACUACCUUACACAGGUACCGGUAUGCCAAAAGCAAGUCUGUGGAAUAUUCUUCAAUUAGUCCAUCUGAUUGGUGGAUAUCACUGAAGAUGUACCAAAUGUUGCUCUUCAAAAUAUCAAAGUAGACCAUCAGACUCAUCAGAAAAAUGAGGGUUGACUUGUGGUGCCCAGCAAUAACUGAAUGAAUAACUUGCCCUUUUUCUUUUGGUCUCAGUGGACAAAAUGGAGGUAUACUUUUGGGGUAAGGGAGACUAAUUUUUCUAAAAGAAAAUGACCCUAAGUAUCUGCCGACUGCAAUGAGGCCUCAUGAAUAAAAAAUCAAGAGCAGAUAUCUAAGUCCAGGUAUUGACAUAUCCUUUGUGCUAGCAUACAUGUAUUUCUAAUGAUACUCAUCGAAUCCUAAAUUGUCAUCACUGAUAGAUUGUAGAUUAUUUUGGUUGCAAUAUUAUUAAAAAUAUGUAUAAAUUGUAAGUGUAUGAAAAUAUAUUGUGCAUUGACUGAUGGUCAUAAUUGUUUGGUCGUUAGAUUUUUUUGCUAAUGAAAAAAAUCUUUGCUUUGUGUUCAUUGACUGCACAAUUAUUUGUGCUUUUAAAGAAAAUGUUGGCAGGAUGCAUAGCCGUGACUCAUGUAAAUGUCUGGAAUACUGAGAACAUUAGUUGUGAGGUCUAUAAGAUUGCAUUUAGAGCCAGUCAUUUGUGAAAUCUUCAGUUGCAGGGUUUUGUUCGAAGAUUACCGGUAAUAUGAGACCCUAUGUCUAGUGUAGGUGUUUUAGGUAUGCAGAUGUUUGUUUUUAUUGGAGAUGCGAGACAGUGUUGGAAUUCCAAAACGAAAUUGCACUCAGUAAUUGUAACACUCAGUAAGAUUAACACUGUAGCAAUCCACUUGUACCACACAUGAAUAUGAAAAAAAGUAUGUACAUGUAUCUUCUGUAUGUAUCCAACCUCAGUACUCCAGGAAAAUCCAAGGAAUAUGAUUGUCUGUUAGAGUACGCUUGUUUGGAGAUCAUUUGUAUAUAGGUGUAAUAAGUUACUUUUGUGAAAGACCAUUGAGUUUGCUUAAUUAAAAGACCAAAUUGAUGUUUA